AUAAAAUCUUUGCUUCCCCCUAGAGCUUUAUUCGUAGAAGAUGGUGGCUACAUCGAGAUCAUGGCUUUUAAUACUGUGCUUCACAAUCGCUCGACAGAUGGAUUGUGUUCACAGUGCUACAACUACCUACAAAGUUACUACAAUUUUUAAUCGUCCCUUCAUAAUGGAACCAAUCAGGCCAGGGAACACUAAAUAUGAUGGCUUUCUUAUUGAUGUCUUGGAAGAACUGAAAAAGUCUCUGAAUGUUGACUUUGACAUUGACCUAGUGGCAGACGGAAGAUACGGAUCUGUUACAGAGGAAGGCAACUGGACCGGUAUGGUGGGACACCUUGAACGAGGGGAGGCGGACAUCGCUGCAGCGCCCUUACAUUUGACGUCCAUGCGAGCUAAAACAAUAGAAUACACAGUACCAUACAUGUUGGCCGGACCCCAGAUUCUGGUCAAAACCCCUCCAGGACUGACUAUGUCUAAGUUCUUCAUGCUUCUUCAGCCGUUCUCCACUACCGUCUGGAUCACAGCGUUGGUCGGAUAUGUGGUCGUUAGCCUCGCCUUGUACGUAAUUUGGCGCUGGAGUCCGUUCGAGUGGGGAAGCAUUUCAACUGAGCGCGACGUCAGAGAUAGUUUCAGUCUUCAAAACAGUUUUCUCUAUGCCUUUAGCACGAUGCUCUGGCAAGGAUACAGUGUAACUCCGCGCUCAUUUUCUGGAAGAUUUCUCAGCGCCAUCUGGUGGAUAUUCGCCAUGUUCUUCUUGGUUGCCUAUAUAGCCUCUCUCACUGGCAGAUUUAUCAUCAAGGACUCGCUGACCCCGGUCAAAAUCCACACAUUCGAUGACUUGGCGCUUUCCAACAUUAGGUAUGGGGUCAUCAAGGGAGGCAGAACAUAUCAACUUUUUAAGUCGUCUAAGAAUCCCAUCAGGCAGCAGAUGUUUAGACAAAUGGAAGCCAAUCCCGCUGACACGCCAUUGACCAUAGGUGCAGGCAUCCAGAAGGUUCGCCGGUCCAGCGGUGACUACGCUUUUAUCAUGGAAACACCAAUGGCAGAGUACGAGGCAUCGAAGGAGCCGUGCGACUUGUAUGUUACCGGGGAACCCCUCACUGACGAUGCUUACGCUUUUGCCUGCAAGAAGGGUGCAGGGAUUUGCAGUGAACUCAGCCACGCAUUGUUAGCCCUGAAAGAGACGGCGCGCCUUCAUGAUCUGCGCAGGAAAUGGUUUGGAGGAGUUUGCAGUGAAAAGAAUGCUUUAAACACCAAAUCUCCGUUUGUGUCUCCUAAAACAACAUUUACUCUGGAGGAUGCAGCUUUUGCCUUUCUUCUGUUAGGCUUGGGGAUAAUUAUCAGUCUGGUUGCCUUUGGUUUGGAAAUCUUCCUGGACAGAAAAGGCAUUGUGAAGCCUUCCGUGUACAAAGGCGACGAGAUGAGAAUCCACGAGCCCAUCCCGGAGGUGUAAUACUCAUGUCACAGUCAGAAUUGUUAUUGGUGUAGGCGACAGAGCUAGCAACGGGAUCCAGAUCCAUUUGAUUAUAGCUUUAGAUUAGAAUCUGCCCAGUGACAUACCAAAGACUAAAUACGUGUGUUUGCUGUAUAAACAUUGUACCGUAUGUAUAUAUCGUCAUGUGAAAGACGUCUUCUGCGGCUUUGGGCAUCCACAGUUACAGACACACUGACAUUUGAAUACCAGAUGAAUACUGAAUUUGCAUACCUCAAGAACGGACGAAAUCUGUCCAAAGAGGCCUUUUAUAUUCGCAACUUCCAACGAAAUUACUGAAUUGAUCACAUGUUAAGAAACUUCCAGUGGCGUCUUCCGACGAAAACCAAUCCAAAUUUUAAAGUUUUCUAGAUGUUACCUACAAUCCAGUAGUCAAAACAUUUGCAUGAUAUGUUGGCAUAUUGGCUGGAACAUGCAUAUAUGCACAUAUAUACAUAAAACAGCCGUUACCUCAAAGAACAUUUUCCUGUAAGUUAUGCAGCCUGUGUUAUUUCCUUGUUGUUUUUUUUAACUACCAGGUAUGUACAUUGUACUGACUGCAUCUCAUCUUUAAUGGCCUCUGAUUUAUUCUGUAGUCAGAUUACAUAGUAAAUAACAGUGUUACGUUUUCUUCAGCAAACUCGAUGAGCAAUUUCCCAUAUUCCUUCUCGGUCAAUAUCACAUUACUGUAACUCUCAAAUUAUUGUCGAAAUCUACUGAUGAGGUAAACUGUUUAGUCUUUGGAUUUAUGUAAAAGGCUUAUGACCGAUUUAUACAUAAACAAUGGGUGUUUAUGUUUGGUUUUCUACAGCCACAAAAUAUAUGAGUUGCUGUAAAUAGUUUUGAAUUCUCAAACAUGACAUCAACCAAACAAAUAAUCUGUUCAACCUAUGUUAUAUCGCCAUAAAUCUUAAUUUACGGCAUGUGUUUAUGUUUGUAUGUACCACUUCUUUAUUCUUACAACGCCACUGUGAGGUUUGG